AUGCUGCUAAUAGAACAAAGUCAAUCAUACAGUGAUUUAAAAUCACAAUUACGGUUUGAUUGACUCGUUUAGCACGCUAAAUCGUUUGAAAUUUGAGUAUGAAUACUAUUUGGAGCAUAUUUAUGUUGCAUGUAGCAACUUCUUUCUGCAAACCUUCCAUUUUUCUGAAUCCAUUCUCCAAAUCCAUAUAUGAAUUUCCAGAAACGGGUUGCGUUUCUAUUCUUGAAUUUACACUUCUAUGCCCGAGCAGCAGUCCAGGACGAUUCGAUCAUCCAACACGUAUGCGGAUCAGGUGGGAACUACACUCAAAACAGCACAUACCAGAAGAACCUGAACACAACUCUGUCGUCUCUUUCCGAGAAUGUCGACGAAUAUGGAUUCUAUAAUGCUUCCAUCGGCCAAGGUUCCGACAGGGUUAGUGCUGUCGUGCUGUGUAGAGGCGAUGUGGAGCUGAAUCUAUGUCGUGGUUGUGUUAAAGAUGCUGCUCGCAAGAUUGUGCAGCAGUGUCCUGAUCGCAAGGUGGCAUAUGGAUGGUACGUUAAGUGUUUGAUAUAUUACUCCAAUGAAACCAUCAUUGGUUCCAUGUCAAGUGACACUCUUUCCUUGCCCUGUAACAAUCAAAACGCCACACAGCCGGCCAAUUUCAACCAAGAUUUGAGGAGCAUGUUGGACCGCCUGCUAAUCCAAGCCACUCAGGGCGGUCCGUUUCUCAAGUUUGCAGCUGGAAAUACGAGUGCACCGGAUUUCAACACCAUAUAUGCACUUGUGCAGUGCACACCUGAUUUGUCUGCUCAAGGCUGUAGCGAUUGCCUGACGGCUGCUUUUGGAGCCCUGUCUGCUGCUCAGUGUAUUGACAGGGUAGGGGCCAUAGUGUUAACCCGUAGCUGCAACUUUCGCUAUGAGAAUUACCGUUUCUUCAAUUAUACGUUGAUCAAACCUCCUCUGCUACCACAAUCAGGGAAGGAUGAUAAAACAAUUCCAACUGUUGUCAUUAUUUUAGUUCCUAUUGCUGUGGUGCUUAUGCUGCUUGCUAUUUGCAAUUUUGUAGUAUUAACAAAAAGGCAGAAACAGAAGGCCAAGAAGGAGAUGAAGACUAUGGAAGAAACAAGUUCUCUCUGUGAAAUUAAAAGUGUGGAGUCCCUUCAGUAUGACCUUGAUACCAUAAGAGCUGCAACAAAUAACUUCUCUGAAGCCAACAAACUUGGACAAGGUGGUUUUGGUGUUGUGUACAAGGGUCAACUAGCGGAUGGGAUAGAAAUUGCUGUGAAGAGACUGUCUGGAAAUUCUCAGCAAGGUGAUCUAGAGUUUAAAAAUGAGGUUGUUUUAGUGGCUAGACUUCAUCACAGGAACUUGGUGAGGUUGCAUGGUUUUUGCCUGGAAGGAAGAGAACGGAUUCUAGUCUAUGAAUUUGUUCCUAAUGGAAGCCUUGAUCAGUUAUUAUUUGAUCCUGUAAAGCGUGGAUGUUUGAAUUGGGAGAGGCGCUACAAAAUCAUAAUAGGCAUUGCUAAGGGACUUGUUUAUAUGCACGAAGACUCUCGUCUUCGCAUUAUUCAUCGUGACCUCAAAGCCAGUAAUAUUCUUCUGGAUGGAAAUAUGAAUCCCAAAAUUGCUGACUUUGGUAUGGCAAGGUUGUUUGCCUUGGACGAAACUCAAGGCUCUACAAGUAGAGUCGUGGGUACUUAUGGAUAUAUGGCACCAGAGUAUGCAAUGCACGGCCAUUUUUCAACGAAAUCAGAUGUAUUCAGCUUCGGAGUAUUAGUCUUGGAAAUUGUAAGUGGAAGGAGGAAUACAUCUUUCCAGUAUGAAGAUUCUGCACAAGACCUUUUAAGCUAUGUUUGGAUACAUUGGCAAAAUUGGACGGCUUCAAGUGUGAUAGAUGAGAUGUUGAGGGGAGUAUCAAGUCCAGUGCAUGAAAUAAUGAAAUGCAUACACGUUGGUUUGUUGUGUGUUCAAGACAAUGUUGAAGAUAGACCAAGAAUGGGAGAAAUUGUUGUCAUGCUAAGUAGCUCAUCAUCUCUCAGCCUUGCGGUGCCUUCCGGGCCUGCAUUUUUUGUGCACAAUAUCACAACUGCUGGAACUCUUGACAAUACAGAGGCUUCAAGAAACGAGGUGUCAUGUACUGAGUUUUACCCCAGAUGA